CUUUCGGUAACUUCACAUUUUGUAUAUUUAUAUUUCAAUAAAUCUCUUCGUUCCGUUAUUCGUAAAGUGUUUAAUUCAACCAAAUAAGAUGAUGAAAUUUUUAUUUGUGAUCGUUUUUCUCGUCGGUGCGAGUGUACAAGACAAUGUCAACAGUACUGAUGGCAGUGAAUAUCUUUACAAGGCCAUUAAAUCAGGCAAUGUAGAUGUAGUCACAUUUCUAAUCGAUAAUGGUGUAAAUAUGAAUGUGUUUGAUAAAAAUUUGUAUCCGUUCACACCACUCCAAUUGGCUGUUGCUAAAGGUCAAACGGAGAUAUUCAAAAAUCUUAUCGAACAUGGAGCUGAUGUGAAUUAUGAAAACGAUUAUAAUUUUACUCUACUUCAUAUAGCAGCAAUGUUCGAUAAUUUGGAAAUAUGCGAAAUCCUAAUCGCAAAUGGAACAAACGUGAAUGUUGAAGACUUCGAAAAGUACACACCACUCCAUAACGCCGCUCAAUACGGCUCAAAUGAUACGGUUGAAUAUUUAAUUGCACGCGGAGCGAAUAUAAGUGCCAAAACUGAUGACGAAGGUUUUAUACCUUUACAUGUGGCUGCCAUGAGUGACAAUUUGAAGACUUGUAAGAGUCUAAUUGCACAUGGAUCGGACGUUAAUGCAAAAAACGAAGGGAAUCUAACACCUUUACAUUACGCAGCUAUUUUUGGUACAAAGGAAUUAGCUGAAUAUCUGAUCACACAAGGAGCUAAUAUCAAUGCUACAUCUGGAUAUGAAAAGGAGUACAUGAAGACGCCUCUUCAUAUUGCUUACUUAUAUGGCAAUGAAGAAAUGCAAACGGCCUUGAUUAAUAGUGGAGCAGACGUAAAUGCGAAAGACGAAAAGAAUCAAACACCACGUGAAAUGGAUGCUGAUAAAGAGAAAGAUGAUAUCUAUGAAUACAUAAAUAAAAGGAAGACUAUGUUCGAAAACUUAUAAGAAAUACAACGAAGAAUUUAUUGAUUGAUAAUGGCACUGAUGUGAAUGAAUGCUAAAAACAUUGAUGAUAAAAUACCGACUGAAAUAGAUACUAUUCUUGUUACAUUUAAUUUGAUUUAAUUUCAUUUCUUAGAUAUAGGCAUCGAUUUGCCGUCAAAUUUUUCUAACUUUUCUCGCCCUCUUUAUUUUGAAUUUUAACAUGCA